UUCACACAUUCAACAUGCUGGUGCAAAAGCUAAGCUGGAUCAUUUUGCUGCUCUUCCUGUGUCAACAUGGAGUAGAAGCCAAAAACAAACAAACAAACAAAAAAAAAAAAAAACAGUGGCCUGUGAAGGAAAAUGUGUGAGCCUCAGCUGUGCUUGGGGAUUAAUAAAGGUCAUUAAAGCCAACUAUGGGAGGACUGAUCGCACAACAUGCGCUCGUAGCGUACCAGCUCAUCAAACCUCAAAUAUGAACUGCUUUCGAGGAACAUCCCUCCAUACGAUGUCCACUCGGUGUGAUGGAAGAAAGAGCUGUUCUGUUCCAGCAGUGAACUCAGUUUUCUCUGAUCCUUGUGCUGGCACUUAUAAAUACCUGGAUGUGGAUUACGUCUGUGUCAGAAAAGAGUUGGAGUGGAGUUUUCCUUCUGUUCACACAUUCAACAUGCUGGUGCAAAAGCUAAGCUGGAUCAUUUUGCUGCUCUUCCUGUGUCAACAUGGAGUAGAAGCCAAAAGAACAGUGGCCUGUGAAGGAAAAUCUGUGAGCCUCAGAUGCGUUUUGGGAUUAAUAAAGGUCAUUAAAGCCAACUAUGGGCGGACUGAUCGCACAACAUGCGCUCGUAGCGUACCAGCUCAUCAAACCUCAAAUAUGAACUGCUUUCGAAGAACAUCCCUCCAUACGAUGUCCACUCGGUGUGAUGGAAGAAAGAGCUGUUCUGUUCCAGCAGUGAACUCAGUUUUCUCUGAUCCUUGUGCUGGCACUUAUAAAUACCUGGAUGUGGAUUACGUCUGUGUCAGAAAAGAUGCACUGCGAAGAAACCAAAUAGGUGCAUUAGAUUCUGUCCACUCUGAUCCCGUCACAGUGUCCAUAAGUACCUGGAAGUGAUGUACAACUGUAAUUUAGUGACCCUGUCACGUUAAUGUAUUUUAUGUUUUGUGUGAAUAGAAAACAGUAUAGAUAAUAAUAUUAUAGAUAAUAAAAUAUAAUUAUAGAUAAUUUGUGGGAUUCUGUCUGUUAGACUAUCGGACUCUCUGUCUCUCUGUUAGAUAUUUUUGUUACACAUACUUUUAUCUGCAUAAAUGUAUGUAACUAUAAUGUUGUUGAACAUCAAACUGUAUAAAAAAAAUAAAACCCAUCUACUCUGAAA